AUGGAGAAGAAAAGAUUAUCAGAUGAAGUGGAAUCAUUUAAGCAGCAAUUAAAUGAGGAUAUGUUCAGAAAAGAAACAGAAAUGAGACAAAGGCAUGACAUGAUAGAGGAGAUAGUAAGGAAAGAUAUGGAAAUGAGAAUUAGAAAAGAAAUGGAGGAAAGUAUCAGAAAAGAAUUGGAAGUAAAAAUGCAAAAUGAUACAAAGGAGGAGCGACGAAAACAGGAGGAAUCGGAAAGAAGGAAGAUGUUAGAUAGUGAAAGAGAAAUGGAAGCAAGAAACCGAAAGGAAAUAGAAGAAAGAAGAAGAAAAAGGGAAGAAAGCGAGAAAGCAUUGAAAUUAAGGAGAGAGAAGCAAAAGGAGGAAGAAGAUGAGCUGAUGAAAAGCAUACAGAGACUUAAAGUUAGAGAGGAGGAAGUAAAUGCUGAACAAGAGACGGAAAGCACUGAUGAUGAUGAAGGCAAGGAAAUAGAGGAGAGGAUAAGACGAUUAAGGGAAGAAAAAGAAAGCUUGGAAAAGAGACAUAAAGAGAGAAGGGGGAAAGCAAAGGAUGAUAAAAAGGAGCAGAAAGAUGAAGAAGAUACGAGAAGAUUACUCAGCAAGCCCAAAAUACCACAGUUUGACGGAAACCAGUUUGAAGAAUGGAAAUUGGAAAUAACAAGUCUCAUUGAAACAAAGCUUUACAAGGAAUACAUAUUAGCCCAAGCCGUAAGAAAUUCGAUAACAGGAAAAGCAAGAAAAGUUCUACUGACUCUGAAACCAUCAGCUUCCACUAAGGCGAUACUGAAGAAAAUGGAGGACAUUUAUGGAAAUAUUAGAAGUGGAGAUUCCAUCAUACAUGAUUUUUACUCGGCAAAGCAGACCAGAGGAGAGCCGUGUUCAGAAUGGGGUGUUAGAAUAGAAACGCUAUUUUAUCAAGCACUGGAGAGAGGUGAAAUAGAAGAAUCUAGAAAGGAUUCAAAGUUAAAAGAGCGAUUUUGGAGAGGACUUUUAUCUGAGAAAAUAAAGAUAGCUACAAGAUCAGCAUAUGAAUCAUCAGGAUCAUUUGAUACCCUUCGAAAGAAAGCAAGGAUUGAAGAAUUAGAAAUAGAAAGCGAAACUUUACCAUCAGAACAUGGAGUGAAAGAUUCAGAUAUCAAGUCAGUGAUUCGAAAUAUUCCAGAACAAGUGAAUACACACCAACCAAUACGUAGAGCAGAAGAAACGAACGCAAAGAUGGAUGAACUAUUGAAAAAGAUGAUGGAAUUAGAGAAAGAAAUCAGAGACAUAAAAAGUAACCAGAGUGGAAAUACAGAGAGUAAAAGAGGAACAGGCGGAUACAGACUACGACCAUAUGGAAGGCCUUAUAGAUGGAGACGGUAUGAAGUUGAUAGAAGUGUUGAUGAUAAUCCGAAGAAGUCGGAGGAAAAGAAGAAGGAAACCCCACCAAAAGAGCACUCAUCAGAGAAGUCAAAAGACAAUUUAAACUAG